AUGGCUUUCAUUGGCUUUCGCUGCCUGAAAAUCAAUUCUUGGAAGGUGGAGCAAGUGAAGCGCCUGAUGCUUAGGGACAACCAGUACUACAAGGCCGUGAAUCGUGAGCUGAAGAAGCGGCUGCGGUCGCUGCUCGAACAGCUCUGGGAGGUUGACUUGUGCGUAGUGGAUGACCAUCUCACACGUGACAGGUCGGCCAAGCAAACGAGGGGCCCUGCCCUGCAGGAUCGCUUUGCAAGCUCCAAUGGCUCACCAGAGCCCAGUGAGCUCCCCGAUGGCUUGGUGGUACAGACACCGGAGCUCACGGACCUUGCACGGCGCAGGGCCAAGUUCAUGCCUUGCCGCAUAUGUGAAGAGAGAGUAACUUCACUGCUGGCAUCCUUUCGGCAAGAGAUCGAGCACCUUGCUGUUACAAGCUCCUGCCGCUCUCUCCAGGUUUGUUUGCUGGCAUGCGACAUGCGAUGCGGUCGGCAAGCUGACGUGAACGUCUCAUCGGCGCAUAUAAGGAAACUUUAUUCAGUGGAUCCAGACUGGGCAGAAAAACUGCCCGAGGGAAUUGGGAGCUCCAGGCGUCUUUGUGACAUGCAAGACUUAUCGGCACUUCUGCAUGCGCAGCGGCUCGACGUCGACCUCCACAAGGAUGGGUCGGCAUCUCUCAACAAGGCCGUGGUGGGCCAAACGGUGUUUUUCACAGAGGUGCUGCGAAGGGAGCACUUCCACUACAAGUCCUACAUUGUGCAGCAGGCUUGCCAAGAAGCCUUCGACGAUAUUGAAGUUGUUACAGAUGCAGUGGCGCGAGCCUACGAAGGAGCAAAACGCAGCCAUGCUCCGGACUCGCAUCUGCUCAUGAUGAUGAACAGAGCUGGUAGAGCAGCAUGUUCCCAGACGCGAGCGUGCGUGGAAGAGAAGAAGUUGCGGCUGAAGCUGGCUAAUGCGGGAAAGCCUGCCAAGCCAGUAAGCAGCCGUAAACAAGCUCGGAGUUCAUCUGAAACGUGUCCUCAAAUGGAGCGGCGUGUGGACCCAGCGGAUGGUGUCGCGUACACGUUCCAAGACCUCAGCAAUUACUAUGCCAAGCAGUACAGCAAGCAGGACAUCCAACACUAUUGGAACAAGCAGUGCAAGCCCUUGGGAAGCUCAAAGGCUUCGGCUGCUGCUGAUGCCAGCUUGCUGGACCCUUUACCCGAUCUGGAGCGUCUCAGUCAAGCCAAAGCCCCUUGGCCCUUGGUGCUUUGGGAUGCAGCUGGCAGCCAGACUGGCCAAGUAUGUAUCGCGAUAGCAGCAACGCUGUCAGAGUUCAAGGCGCAAUGUGCGCAAAUGCUGAAAGUUCGGCUGGUCCAUUGUCCAGACUUUAAUGACGACAUGGAUAGCCAGCAGCUUCGCGAGCUUGGCAUAGGCCUCUCGGACGUGCCUGUUCUUCUGGAACUUGGCCCGCCCGUCGACCCCUCGGAAGCUUGUGAACCGGCUGCCUCUGCGAAGGCCGUGGGCAUGUCCACCAGGAAGGUUCGCGCCCCGCUGGCGGUGCGUCAGGCAGUGGCCGAUGCAUCGGACAUCCGUGAGGGCUGGCUUUUCCUUGGGGGGCAGCUGGCUGCGAGUAGCCUGGAAGGCUUACAACAGCUAGGCAUCACGCACAUUAUGAAUUGCUGUGAGCGCGUCCCGUGCAAGUUUCGAUCGAGGAUUACCUACAAGGUAGUUGCCGUGAUGGACACGAAAAGCUCUGAUAUCCGGGAGUUCAUUCCUGAAGCUUUAGCCUUCAUUGACGAGGUGGUGGCAAAUGGUGGCAAGAUCUUGGUCCACUGCAUGGUCGGAGCUUCGCGAAGCGUGGCUUUGGUUCUUGCCUGGCUUGUGGCACGAUGCCGGAUGCCAUUGAAGCAGGCCUUCCAAGAGGUGAGGGCCAAGAGACACCAAGCGAGACCGAACCGCAGCUUCUGUGAGCAGCUUAUGCAGUUCGAGAAGGUGAUCGCGACGUGGGUGUGCUGCAGUGCUGCCGUCCUUCGAUUCGCCCGAAUGUUGCGCGGGCCAAUUGCGAAGUCAGGCGGAUCCUUCACUCCGAUCUACGAGUCUUCCAGUAGUGGCAAGAACUUCGCCUCUGUCAACGCCGGAAAUCCCAAGAAGUUGAAGGUAGGGGGUGGAACGAUCAACGGGCAGUUUGCGCAGGAGCUGCAGAGAGUGGCUGGACAUGACCCUGACAGUUACAGUCCAGCACACGAGGCGCUGCUUCGAACAGCUACGCAGACAGGCACUGCAAGGCAUGGCCUUUUUCCAGCGCCCGCCACGCUGCGGUUGCCGCAGUGCUUGGAGGCUUCCUUCAUCUACCUCGGCCGGACGCCUGUGGAGGCCGAGCAGAUUGCUGGGGACUCCGGGCGAGGCGGCCUGGUGAUCCUGGACAUAUUCGAGACGAAGUCACGACCCUACCAUGUCCAGAAUGUGGCCAUGGUGUACACGGUAGGACCUCAACGAGGCUACGAGCCUGAUGAUGCGACAUUUCUAUCGAAAGUGCGCCUGGUCGGCCGCAAUGUUGUGGCUGCUUGCCACGACUACAAUCUGCAGCGGCCGUCGCAGGUCCCACCCAUUGACCAGGUUCGCCUCUGCCUGGUUAGUGGUGGCAAGUUUGCGGAGCGAGUCCCCAAGGAGCUGGUGGCUCGACAGCUCGUGCUCGGCGUGCUGGACGUGCAGCUGGCAGAAGGGAUCAACCCUGAUGCCAUGCCUGAGAUCGAGUUUGCCUAUGAUGGUGAUGUGUUCCGUAAAGAAUGGGAUGCUUUGGCCGAGAGAACCUGA